GCACCUACUACCCGCCGUUUCCCGUUUUAGGCCUCGCUAGCGAUGGCGGGCAGAUUUUCCUUAGCUGCGGUGGUGGUGGAGCGACGGCCGCCAAAGAAGUCCCCAAUGUCGUGCAGGCACAUCGCUAUGAUGAGACGACUGGACAGAUGAGCACCAUCGCAUCCUUGGACACCGCCAAAAGUGUUGUUGUGGCGCUGUCCUAUGCACCGGCGUUGGAGUUGUGGUUGGGCUGCGUUGGGCGUGGCUGCAAAGUUUUGCAGCUCUCGGUCGAAAAGAACACCCUGACAGAAGUCUGCGAGUGGGAAACGGAGGAGACCGGCAAGCCCCCUUCCACGAACGUCGCGAGGUGCUCUCCGAACGGCCACUUGGUGGCUACUGGCGGCACCGAUGGCAUCGUGCGGAUAUUCGAG